AGGAAAGGAUGAUGAGAAUGGAGGUUCCGAAGAUGACGAAGGAGAAGAAUCAGAAGAAGGAGGAGGAGGAGAGAAAGUAGUAGGUAACUCUACCGGUGAAGGUGAUGGUGCUGAUAACUCCACUGGUGAAGGUAAUGGUGAUGUUGGUGUGGAAGAAGUAAGAGAAGAGAUUGAGAACGUUGAGGACAAAAGACUAGAAGAAGAGGUAUCACAUUUGGAUGAACUAAUAUAUUUUGAUGAUUUAUGAUCUAUUAACAAUUAGGUAGAACUAUGGAAUAGUCAAUAACACUUUUGUUAAUACUAGUAAAACAUUGGACAAGUAAAUGAUACUUGAAAAGAACACAGUUGGAACUUUGAAGUAGUAGUGCUAUAACUUGAUUAAGAUUUACUGUAACUUGCAGGAAUCUGAUUACAUGUUGAAGGAGAUCUCUCACACAAUGAAACAUUUUGGAAGGGUUGUGAAAGAGAAUACGUUGUGGCCUCUUCCAGGUUUCUAUGUCCCACUAGAGGAUAUUGAAAGUAUCAUUACCAUCAAAAGUCCACAAGAAAGUACUCUCUUGGAUGUUAUUAAGAUGCUGAAAACAAUGAUGAAACUGCUCAAGAAAGUUGACAAAAAGGUUGACGACUUGGAUGAGAGAUUGAUCUCGGUGGAGGAGUUUGUGAAGGACAUAGAGAAAGAGAAAGACGUAGAGAAACAUAAACAAAGAAAGAAGUGAAGAACUCUAUGUGUUGUUUUUUUUGUUUUAUCUGGUAGACAAACUCUUUGUAUUCGGUUGUUUAUUUUUGUUUGUAACUAAUACUUAUCGGAUAUUUUAAAACUAGGU